AUGCCUGAAGAACUCAAAGAUAAAAAUUUCAAGCCAAUCGAGGUAGGAGACCACGUCCUCACGCCGAUUCGCGGGGGCUGUCGUGAGGGCGAUGUCAGCCAACUCAUUCAUAAUGAAGAAGAGGCUGAGGCUGCUGGCCUGAAGAACCCACCCAAGCAUAAGCAUGGACGCGCGCGCGAAAUAGCAAAGGCUCUGCAGAGUACUGGGUGCGACACCAUCUGCCUGGUGCCACCUGCGCAUCAGGACAAGUACGACAUCUGCGUCGAGCUGGUCGAAGUGGCCAAGAAGGCGCAGAUUCCGAACGUGUGUCUGAUUAGUAGCGUUGGAUGCGACUACGCUACUGCUAAGAAACAGCCGCGCCUGCGAGAAUUCAUUGAUCUUGAGACUCUUGUGCUACAGAGCAAAGGCGAUGCUAGUACACCAACUGGGGGCUCGCCUUGCGUCAUCCGUAAGCAGGCUAAGGAGGAGUCUACACUCCCCUUGCCUAUCGGCAACAGCCAUAAAUUCGCCCCGGUGGCUCUUGGGAUGAUGGUCGUCAUAGGUCUAAUGUUAUGUGCCGGUGAGGAACUCGCAACCGCAGCAAGCAAGGCGCUCGGUGUCGAUCUCAAGGCCGAAGCUAAGCGCGUGCUCGCGGCUCAAAGUGACAUUGAUGAAUCGGAGCAGCAGUAUCUUCUUGAGUAUUACAGCCUAGUACGAGAGGGUAAGACAAACUACAUUGCAACGACAGCCUUCCACGACGUCACUGGCGAGCACCCAACGGAGCCGAGUGAGUUCUUUUCCAUGUAUAAGAAUGAGAUGCGGCCUAAAAAGGUCGUCAAGCGCAACCACAAGUAG